GCAAAUCUAAGGUGGUAAGGUCUCUUUAGCUUUGUUUUAUUUGUCUCGUGCACAAAGCGCAUGUGUUCCCAUAGCUAGCUAGCUAGUUUAAAAGCUCCCUUAAUUUUCGGCUGCAAUAUCUACAAGCUGAAAGUGAUUGCAAGCAUUGAUUGUUGCAUUUUGGCAGUGUGUAUAUUAUACACAAAGAUAAUCAAUGGAGCGGACGUUUCUGGAGGAGUGGAAUUCGAAGUUUGGAGUCAAACCACCGGAAUGGGUUGUACACUUCGCUACUGAACCUCAACAGCACAUUCUAGAAGACAUCGAUCGGGAGAUCGGAAAGCGAGAGGCCAAUAUCGAAGAGCUAGAGUUAGAACUUGAACAGGAAAGAUUUCUACUGGAUAGAUUGUGUGCUACAAAGACCAAGCUUCAAGAUCAUUCGUCAAAGUCUCAAGAGAAUUCUGUUGUAAAUGGUGUUUGUGUGGAUGUCCCUAAACCUCAACUAGAUGACAGCCCUAACCUUCAACAUAUCAGUGAUACUCACCAAGACACAACAGAUAUAGAACAACAAUCCACCACCACUGAACUUACGACAGGCAGUAAAUCGUCUAUUGAGUCAAGCACCACUGACAGUACUGAGGACCAUACCACACACCAUCUCUCUAGCGAUACACUCAGCACAGACUUGUCAUCGGACAUCAGCUCUCCUGUGGUCCUGCGUCAGAGAAUCGCCCACAAAGUACAAAAAAAAGACGCAAUCCUCGCAAAAACUGUGAGCACACGUUUGAUAGAGCACGGUCGACAUUGGUCCUGUGAAUUUCUCGAUCAUAUACCGAAGGACAACGAAUCCUCCAGUACCUCCUCAAGCCCCACCCUCCUGAGACGCAGCGCCAGUGACCCUGUACCGGAAAAAUCCCCAAACAAACAAAGAUUUAUAUCAGAAACCGAACCCGCCAUCUCUCAAAUUGACCCCAAAUCGCCGAAACAGUCUUGUCAAGAACCGCAGGUCGAUAUUGAACAAGAAGUAAUGCUGACUGACGAUGAAGUAAAGUCGUUUGCCAGUGAGAGCAUCCCCCUCGGCGGCAAGAGGAGCAGCAAUGGUAUCAAUCUCGACUCGCUCGAUACUAUCAAGAUUUUAGCACUCGAAGAAAAACAAGAUGAAGAAGAUGAACUAAUGGCCGCCGCCAGUAGGGGUUCUCGAGCGCAACGGACUAGAACACCUCGAUCUUCAGUGGAACAGGCCCGGAUAAAGAUUGUGCGAUUAUCAAAUGGAGACUUGGACGGUAGUAGCCCUAACCAUCGCUAUCCUCUCGAGGACAAAGAAAACUCUAAUGCCGUCUACCGAAGGCACAAGAAUUCGUCGGAAGUGCCUCCAAAUUUUCGCCAUUCUAUGAACUUUGAUGACGAAUGUAUGACACCCAAAGGAGAACUGAGCAUGUCCCUCACACCUGACAGUAUAGGUAUGGGUAUGGCCGAUAACGACAUGGAAACAGAAUUAGAACCAAGUAAUAUCGAAGACCCCACAGUCGCAAUUACACAUGAACGAGCUACCCUCGUAAACCAAAGACGUCACGAUUAUUCAAGAACCAAAACUCUCACUCAAGAAAGUGCCGAAGAAAUGUCAUCAAUGAUGGACGACGACGUGCCAGUGAAGGAAGAUAUUGAAGACUACCCAGCUCAGACUCUUACUAGAGACAGAGCACACAGAGAAUCUGAUAGUGACAUGUCGAACCUUCCGCUGAGUCGAUUGGACAGUUUGUCGGAAGAGCUGCAAAAGGCGCUCUCCCAAAUCAGCUCCACCCCAGAGAUGAGCAUGGCCACUUUACUGGACCUGGAGGAAAACAUUGAGCUGAAUGAGCGUCUGGAAAAGUCUGAAUCUGAACACAGCAGUCUCGAGGAUCUGGAAUUGGAUGAAGCAAUGAUUUCAGCGUACACCAUUCGAAAUGACGAUCUGUUCGGCUCCUCCACAUCCAUUCCGAGCCUCUUCACUGGAGGGGAAAGUUUCUCUAGCGCUUGCUCCUCUCCUCCCGACAACUACAACUCACCGGAGCAUUCGUUUGUGCCCCUCAGGCCGUCUAGUAGUAGUCGCAAUCGAGCAAGAAAUAGAAUGGGAAAUGCCGAUUUGGAAUCUAUAGCAACAGCCGGCUCUGACGACAGUUGUGAAGCAUCUCCGUCGCAUUUGUUACGAGAGUCAGUUAGUCCAUUACCUGACGAUGCUGGUGCCCAGUUCUCUAUUGAUAAGCUCUCUGACUCCUCCUCGUCGCCACGGGAACGCCGCUCCUCUUGUAUAUUCCAGGGCGUCCAAUUGAAACGCAGCACUGUGGUAGUCCACGGCGAGCAGUUGGUCAUUCGCAAGCUGGUGGUGGCCGGUAUAGUAUCAGCCGAGAAGACAUACAUGGACUGUCUCACGGCAAUGAGGGAGUACUACAGGAAGCCAUUGCUGGGCCGUGCAACAACCACCCAGCCCAUCCUUCCUGAGAGGGAUAUUAACACCAUCUUCUAUCGGACAGAGGACCUCUGUGUUCUGCACUCCACCCUCCAUGAUCAGCUGGAGCCCACGCUCGCCAAGUGGUCGAUAAAGACCUGUGUGGGGGAGUUCUUUGUGCACUUGUGUCGUAACCUGAAGCUGUACAAGGACUAUGUGGAGAUGUACAAGAAGUCAGUGGACUGCCUCACCAAGCACAAGACAGAGAGUCCACAGUUUAAGACGUUCAUUGAGGACGUUCAUGCCACGGUCUCCGCUCACUUUAAGGACAUUCCAAGAGUCAAUGAGUUGCUACGGAGACCUGUUGAGAGACUGCAGAGCUAUUCACUGGUGCUCAAUGACCUGUGUCAGCACACACCUGAGGAUCACCCUGACUACCGGAUAUUGAGGGAGUCGUUGCAAGUGAUGACUGCCUUCAUAGCCAGCACUCACGACCCUCAAUCCUUCAAACAUUUGAGUGGAGGAUUUAACAGAGAGCUGGUAAAGGACGGGCUAGUGGUGGAGCUUUCUGACGGCAUUCGGAAGAUACGACGUGUGUUCCUGUUUCAUGAUGUCCUCGUUUGUUCAAAGCAGAAACCAUCGAGGGGAGGGGUCAAAUAUGAAGCCAAAUGGUACCUCCCACUCAACGAGAUCUCCUUCAAACCUCCCGAGGAUACAGUUGAUUCCCACCGUCCAGUUGCCGUGACGAGUGACGUUGUACUGAGUGUGAUGAAGAACAAGAUAGCAGAGCUCAAAGCCCAGCUCAGCAAAACCAAGGAAGGGGGCGUGGUUAGAGACAGGACCGCCUCCACCUCAGAAAAAGAUGACAAGUCAUUUAAGCGUAACCUGAAAGCCCAGAUCCUUGGUCAGAAAAGCAAGCACGGUGACAAAUACCGGAAGAAACUGGAGGAACAGGAAGUGGCUUAUUGGGUGGCGUCUCCUAGUCUACCCCUGAGGUUGUAUGGUAGAGCAGGCAAGCAAUUCAUGUUUGUCCUGCACACUGAAGAGGAGAGAGAGACCUGGGUGUCAGCCAUCAAGAAGCUGCAGCCAAAAGCUGUGACAGGUGUGUAUCUCAGCUCCUAUGAGCUACAAGACCUCCUGGGCAAACAAACCUCCAAAGAUCUGCGUAAAAUUGAGGACAUGAUCAUCCCGACCAUAGACGAAGAGUACCUAAUUGGAGUGCUGAGAGUGAGAGUGAGAGGAGCCUCGGACCUCAAGGCAAAACCAGCUGGUGUGUACUGUUGCCUGGAGCUCGACGAGUACGGGAAGUUUGAGCGUAAGGCACGGACCAUCCCCACCAGCACAGACAACCCCACCCUCGUCACAUCCUGGGAUCAGGACUUUGAGAUAGAGUUGACCGGUGCUCACAUCCUAAAGGUGCAGAUCUGCUCCAAGUCCCUGCUCAAGGAAGAGACUCACGCCACCGGGAAGACUAGGCUGCCUAUCAAAGAGCUGAAACAGAGCAAGAGACAGCGGGUGGAGAUCAAGCUAGUCCCUCAAGGAUCCAUCGAGAUCUUACUGGAGUACUUCAGUAACAUAUCUGCCAUGGCCCGCAAACCCUCCCUCCUCAGUUCUGGCGUGUUUGGAGUGCCUAUCGAGAUUGUCACACAGCGAGAGCGUCACGACAUCCCCCUCAUCGUACAGACGUGCAUCGAUGAGAUUGAGAGGCGUGGCAUGUCCGAGGUGGGCAUAUACCGAGUGGCAGGUGUUCUCAGGGACGUGCAGGAACUGAGGACUGCCUUCGACACAGAUUAUCUGAGGGCCCAGAUGAUAGCCUUCGAGGCCGACAUCCACGCUGUGGCCGGGUUACUCAAGCGUUACUUUAGAGAGCUCCCAGAUCCCCUCUUCACUAACGAAUUCUACACCAGUUUCGUAAUGGGUCUGGGCCUGUCAGACCCUGAGGCUAGAGCCCAGUGUUUGCUGACUCUCCUCCACUCUCUACCACCUGUCAACUUCAAGACAGCUGUCUUCCUCUUCAGGCACCUCAGAAGAGUUGCAGACAACUCGUUGGUGAAUAAGAUGUCACUAAAUAACCUCUCGACCGUGUAUGGGCCCAACCUCCUAAGCCCUGGGGGCAAUGAGAUGCAAAUGGACGUUGUCACUCCAGUAAGCGUUGUCCUGUUCUUUCUAAACUGUCCAGCGGAAUAUUUUGACGAAACUCUUUUUGGGCAUUCUGACCUCUCGACCUCUACCUCCUCCUCAAACAAGUCUCGGAACACUGGUGGGCGUGGCAGUUACACCCCUGCAUCGGAAAAUCGAGACAGUAUUGGUAGCAGUGUUACCCCCCUCCCUCUGAAACGAGUUCCCACGGAUGAAUUAGACGCUUCCCUCGGCUCCUCCCCCAGUAGAGGGAUCAACAGGCGAAGCAGGAAAGGCUCCAACAAACUUUUAAUGGCAACAAAGAGUGAAACAAAGACUCCUAUUUCAUCUAGGAAAGAAUCUCUCGUCUAAUGUGCAUUCCACAUAAUGUGUGUAUACGUGUGUGUGAAUUAUAUUAGCUUUAUUAUUUCACAAACUUCGAUUCAUUAGAUAUUGAUUGACUAAACAUUUCCUCUGCUUACAAUUAACACAAUUACUUUCUUUGGCACUCAUUCAUUAUACGCUGUGUGUGUAUGUGUGUGCUUUCAACUCUUUGUGUGUACUAUAAUGAACUGUGACGUUUGUUGACAUGA